AUGAAUAACCAAGAAGGUUCAAUACAAAAUAUGACAGUACCAAGACUAUGUUCUAAUGGAUGUCAGGACGCGUCGAGAAUAAUUGAAAUAAAACCGCCGGAUCCCAACACUACGUUCUACCAACAUUAUAUCGAUAACAAUACCGAUUCCGAUUUCAAUAUCGAUAUUUUUAACGAUACCUUCAGUGAUACGAACUGUACAUUUAAAAAUGGAACGUGUAGUGACGUGGACUACAACUAUUGGGCGUUGUCGCUGCUCGUGUUUCCUGUACUGACAUUAUUCGGUAAUGUUCUAGUGAUAUUAAGUGUUUCGAGAGAAAGGAGUUUGCAGACAGCUACGAACUAUUUUAUAGUCAGUCUCGCUGUAGCUGACUUGUUAGUUGCUGUUGUUGUGAUGCCGUUCGGAGUUUAUUAUUUG